AUGGCAUCCCACCGUCCAAUUUGGAUUCCACCAGAAAUCUGGCGCGUCAUAUUUUCCUUCGCCACUCUUCCGCCUGAAAGUCACUUCGUGCUCGAGUAUGUGCCAUUCCAACGUGGCAGAGAAUACGAGGAAACAUCAGGCUACCUAGAGGAAGAAUCAAGCCGACUCAAUAUAUGUUUGGCUCUCAUUCGCGUCUGUAGAUCAUGGAAAACGAUUGGCGAAGAGUUCCUUUACCAUCACGUCAGGCUCAGCAACAACGCGUCUGCUUUGCAUAAUUUUGUCAGCGGACUUCGACGCUCUGCUGAUCAAGAUGGGCUGGGAGGCAUUGGUCGCUUCGUCUGGCGGCUCGAACUUCCGGACGCCUAUUUCAGAACACGGCCCGCUUAUCCAUUACAGCAAAUCGCUACCUCGCUAGCAGAAUUGUUGCAGCUUUGUUGGCGCGUCCAAAUUCUCGUCCGACCUCCAUUACGCCUUGACGCAGGGGACGGCCAACUUUGGGGAGAGCUCAUCCAUGAGCCGCUUCACAAAAAGCCAACCAUAUACUCAAAUUUGAGGCGGCUGGAAUGGAGCGAAAGCGACCUGGAUUUCCGAAUUCACGGGGAAACUAGUGGUCAGCGGUUAUCCGAAAUAUUACUUCGCUCUCCAAACCUCGAAUACCUCUCCCUUUGCGCGGACCUGAUUCCGAAUAUUUCUCCUACGCCAUCUCUCCGCACGCUGCGCUUGAACCGUUCCCACUAUGCCUCCCGUCAAAUGAAAGAGGCUGCAACCACCCGCCCGCAUCUGCCCAAUUUGACCCACUUGAUUCUACAAGCCAGUCUACCAAGCGCGGCCCUCUCGUUUCUUUCAACUGUCGGGCAGCAUCUAUGUGUGCUAGAGUUUACCUUUGCCCCUCAGAUUAUCUAUUCUUCCGAUCAACUACAACGCAUAUUUUCGAGGUGCCCAGCCCUAGAAGAACUAGUCUACCAUCUGGGCGCCCCCGAACUCUCAGCAUGCCAGCACCCAUCGAUACGGCGAAUUCGCCUGAAGAUCAACACCGAUGAGUGGUUCCCUCCGAAACAUGUUGUUUCAACUCAGUUUGACCUAUUUUCUGGGCCGGCUUUCCCGCGUCUCUAUCUCCAUGACGCGACAAAAAGCUUUGUCCGCCGCCACUCAGCCUCCCCGCUACUAGCACGCAUUUACAAACGCGGUUGUGCUAUUUUAUAUACCGACGGCACUGCUGUACCGCUGCGAGCAUAUGAUUAG